AUGGAUAGCGAGUAUGUUCUUCAAGAUUUCGACAUCCUUUGCAAUAAUGAAGCCAAAAAUGGUCUUCUCUCCCAAUCGGCUCUGCCGAACCGCCUCUACAUGAUAAUGGCUAUCGGUUUCACAACCUUGCAGCGGGCUCGGGAAGUGCAAAAUAUCGAGGAGCGAGAUUUCCAGCCGUGUCUCAAGACGGUACUCUGUGAGUGUGUGUCUCGAGUGGAUGAACAAUCGGCAGGCACAUUACUCCUUCUUGGCUUAUAUCUCUUAUUCAAACCUGGUGGCCAAGACCCGCGAGCCAUUGCUGGUGUCCUCACCAACCAUGCUCUAGCAGUCGGAUUGAUGAAUGAGCCUCCCAGUUGCCAGGCCUUGUCACCUCGGGCGCUGGAGCUCCGUCGCCGGCUUGGUUGGUCAGUCUAUGUGUUCACUCGCAUGAUCAGCAUAUCCUAUGGACUGCCCUUUGCCUUUCCCGACAAUGUAAUGAAAGUACCACUACCGAGCAUCAUGAUUCAUGAAUACGGCUCGGAGGAAGGACAUCUAUACGCAAUAGCCUUGCAGGUUAGCCGACAUAUGAUUUCUCUGCGACAACUCGAGACACGCAUUGUCAACGCUAUCUAUGAUCCAAACCCAUCUACCAGUACCCAAGACCUCCGACUCCAAAUCGAAGACUGGUAUACCCAGGGCUGUCUAUUAUCCAGCUCCACACUGUUCGAACCAGACCAGCUUCCCUUUCAUACUACCAUCACCUGGCUAAAUGUCCGUUACCAGAACCUACUUCUCUUGUUGUACACUCCUGCACAAGGAGACUCGGCAACCGAACAGAACGUGUCAAAUCUCCAGGGUGCUGCGCAACAGUACAUUCGACUGAGUCUCAUACUGCAUGACCACCGACAUCUGCCUAUGAACUGGAUCACACUCUGUCGCCUGCUUUCAUUGGCUGUAAUUUUUCUCUAUUGUUGUCGCCAAUGGGCUCCGGCUUGUGACGAUAUCCCCGAGAUUCCGCUUCUCGCAACCUUGCUCGAAUACUUUCCACCUUCCUGGGCAGCUGCUCAUGAAGCGUGUCGAAUUCUGCGUCGCCUUGCAGAUAUCCCUACGAAGCCAAACAGCCCAUUGGUAGCACGAAGCCAGUUGUCCGGGUCUUCUGUGAUAGCCACGUCAGGUUUAGAUACUGAAGUAGGGCUACAAUCCAUCCAAGACGAUCUGGAAGCAUUGCUAAGUCAAACCAUGGGCGAGGCAAGCUUUUAUCUCUGGCCGUUAAGGUCAAAUCUUGCGGAGCGAAGGGUUUCUCAUCAAACGUUUACCAUGGAUAGUUUGAGUGCCGGGCUAGGAAUUGGAAUCCAGGGUCCUCGGCUCAAUCUUGCGCACAACGGCACUUUGACCCCAGCAGAGAACGACAUGGGUGAAACCCUGUUAGAAACGCAGUGGAUGAAUUUUUGGGAGAUGUAG